AUUUAGCCAAUGAGAAACAAGAAGAAUAGCAGACCAUCCAAGAAGGAAGAGACUCGUCCUUCUUCAAGAAGUAAGAGAAGAGCAGCUGACACUAUUAAGGAGAAGAGGAAGGUGAGGUACCAUCCAGGCACAGUUGCUUUAAGAGAGAUCAAGAAGUACCAGAAGGAGCAGAAGAGAUUGUCCGCUAAAGUCCCCUUCAUCAGAAAAGUCAGAGCUAUCCUCUCUUCUCUUGACUCAGAGAUCAGACUCAAAGAAGCUACUAUUGAAGCAUUCAGAGAAGCAGCUGAAGCUUACAUGACUGAUAUUCUCAGUGAUGCGAAUCUUUGCGCCAUCCAUGCUAAGAGACAGACUGUAAUGACGAAGGAUCUACUCUUGGCAACUAAGAUCAGAGGAGAUGAACUGAGAUACUAAGCACCAUGAAGAGAAAUGGACAAAGCACUAAUGC